UUGAUCUACAGUCGUUGCUAUUAGAACGUGUGUUUGAAGAGUUUCAGAAUAAUACCAAUUUUCAUAGUUUAAAAUCAUCACGAAACUACUUGAACAUUUUUUUUUGUGUCCAGAAAGUACUACCUUACAAAAUGAGUAGCAAAUCGUAUUACAUAACCUAUUGGAGCUACUAAUGGGAUAAUUAUUUCGAAUUGAAAUUCGAAAUAUUCACGUUUUUUCGCAGUAAAAUUUAGCAAACGCCUAUCUUAACAUCACUUGCGGACACAAAGAAAACGCUAAAAUAUUGUGGCUUGUUUUCAGGCUCUGAGUAUACGAGAAUAUAUUGAAAUACCGGACGGAUUUCGUAAAUAAUUUGCUUUCCUCGAAUGUAGAAAAACCGGCAAUGAGGUCGAGUUAGCUAGGAGUAUGGGACCGCCGGGAUGGGCAUGCGUACAAACCCAGGGGGCAAGUCUCGUCCAUUGACUAACGCUACGGUACCGGUGCCUCAACAGUCUUUUGCCAUAUACACUAUUCCCAUUGCCUUAUUGACAUUUGUGUUUUUACAAACAGUUCACUGUAUUCAAGAAGAUGCAGUCCACAUCACUGCAAUACUCGGUGAGUCGGUGGUGUUCAAUUGCCACGUGGAGUUCCCUGAGGGACACCCCGUGCCGUUCGUGUUGCAAUGGGAGAAGAAGGUAGGCGACACGAAAGGCAGCGCCUUGAUUGAGUACUUUUUAAAGGGACAGGACAUACCCAUUUAUAUCUGGUAUGAAAGUUAUCCGACCCACAGCGGGGAGGGGUACGAGGGAAGAGUGUCGAGGGUAUCGCCGGACUCCCCUUACGGCGCAGCCUCGCUCAACCUUACCAACAUCAAAGAAUCGGACCAAGGAUGGUAUGAGUGCAAAGUGGUGUUUCUCAAUCGUCCCCCAAAUCAACCCAAGAAUGGUACCUGGUUCCACCUGGACGUGCACGCUCCCCCCAGGUUCGUAGUAACACCCGAAGACGUUAUCUACGUCAACCUGGGGGACGCCAUCAUCCUCAAUUGUCAAGCGGAGGGGACGCCCACCCCUGAAAUACUCUGGUACAAGGAUGCGAAUCCUGUUGAGGCUUCAUCGACGAUUGGUGUCUUCAACGAUGGAACGGAAUUACGAAUAUCGAAUAUCAGGCACGAAGAUAUUGGUGAUUAUACCUGCAUUGCUCGAAAUGGUGAAGGUCAGAUCUCUCAUACCGCGAGAGUCAUCAUUGCUGGAGGAGCUGUGAUAAUGGUACCUCCCACCAACCAAACCAAGCUGGAAGGUGAAAAAGUCCAGUUCAACUGCGAGGCGAAAGCGCAGCCCGGCAACGUAACGGUGAAAUGGUUCCGAGAGGGCGCGCCAGUCAAGGAGCUGGCGUCUCUCGAAACGAGGGUCACCAUCAGGCGGGACGGAUCAUUAGUCAUAAAUCCGGUCAGCUCCGACGAUUCCGGACAAUAUCUGUGCGAAGUGAGCAACGGCAUCGGCGAGCCGCAGUCCGCCUGGGCUUAUCUCAACGUAGAAUAUCCCGCCAAGGUAACUUUCACUCCCACUAUACAGUACCUUCCCUUCCGAUUGGCUGGAGUUGUACAGUGUUACAUCAAAGCCAAUCCCCCUCUACAGUAUGUCACGUGGACUAAAGAUAAGCGAUUGUUGGAGCCUUACCAGACCAAAGAUAUAGUGAUUAUGAAUAAUGGCUCACUUUUGUUCACAAGAGUGAACGAAAAUCACCAGGGUCGAUAUACCUGCACACCUUAUAACGCACAAGGUACUCAAGGUAGUUCUGGACAGAUGGAAGUGUUGGUGAGGAAGCCCCCAGUAUUUACCAUCGAACCUGAAGCAAUGUACCAACGGAAAGUAGGAGAAACUGUCGAAAUGCAUUGCGACGCUCAGGAAGCUGAAGGCACCCAAAAACCUUCAAUUCAGUGGCAAAGAAGGGAUGGAACACCCCUGCCAAAAAAUCGUGUGAAAAUACUGGGUGGGAACAUAACAAUAGAGUCUCUUAGGCGAUCCGACUUCGGCUUCUACCAGUGCAUUGCCACCAACGAAGUAGCAACGAUUAUCACGGCAACACAGCUAGUAGUCGAAGGCACUCAACCCCAUGCCCCAUAUAACCUCACUGGGACUUCUACUGAAUUCGCGGUGACUCUCAGCUGGUUACCUGGCUACAGCGGAGGUCCUGACUACAAGCAAGAUUACACCAUAUGGUACCGCGAAGCCGGUGUCUCCGAUUGGUCGACAAUCCCAGUCACGCCUUCCGGAAGUACCCAGGUUACCAUCAAUAGACUGGCUCCUGGUACGACUUACGAAUUCCAGGUGGUCGGCAAAAACGCCUUAGGAGACGGUAUGAUGAGUAAGAUCGUUACCGUUAGGACUCUAGAAGUUGGCUUACCGCACCAGAUCAAAGUUACUCCUACUCCUUUCCUCACUCCGAAUUCGGGUUUCGUACUUGAUGACUUUGAAAAAUCCAAGGGUACAGAUAUCUUAGAUUAUAGUAAUGUUGUUUUACCUACUGACUCAACAGGAUCUGCAUUGAUUCCACCUGUUUUCAAACAAAAAGGACCAAAACCGGGCGUUCCUAGGAAUCUAACCAUAACGGAGAUCAGCAACGGAUUCCUGAUCACGUGGAUGCCUCCCGUAGAGCGGGCGGAAAUAAUUCAACAGUACGUCAUUAAAUACAGAACUGAUGGGGACUGGAAAUCUUUGAACAAAGCUCAAAUCCGACCCGAAGAUACCCAGUAUUUAGUUAAAAACUUAGUAGGCGGCAGGACUUAUUACUUCAGGAUCCUCGCCUAUUCGGCAAAGAGUUACGAAAGUAGCGAAGAGGUGAAGUUCUCGGUACCGGCCCGAGUGAAGCACAAGGCUAUAACGGCCGGACUCGUGGGCGGAAUUUUGUUUUUCAUCGUCGCCAUCAUUCUAUCCGUGUGCGCUGUCAAACUGUGCAACAAGCGGAAGCGGCGGAAACAAGAGAAAGCGUAUAACAUGGUGGCCUGUCGAAUUACCGAUACCAGAAAUGGGGCUAACGCCACAGAUAGUCAAGUGCCUUUGAAAAAACUUAGAAAAGGCCGAAUACCAGGUUUAACCACUCUAGCAUUUAUCGCUAAUUGGAUAUGGCCCCGGGACCGCUGUAGAUCCGGAAGCCUGAGCAGUCUCACCUGGCACCCUGACUACCUCCAUCCAGGCUCCCCUUCUAAAUCUUUAGCCCGAAUUUCCAGAGCAGCCGAUGGUCGUUUCGUUUUGGUAGACUCCGUCCUCAGCUUGCGCGCCGACAGCUCUUCGAACAUCUCCAGCAGUGACGAUGGUGGUUUUUUACCAAAACGUGGCAUCAGAAAUAGAGCUUCGUGGCGUAGACCCCUUGUAGGAUAUCCCAGCGAGCUCAGUCUUAGAUCCGACGCUUCCGGACAGUCUGCUUCAGGGCUGGCAGCUUUUUUCAUGGGGCAGAGGUUUCAACAACCUGCACUGAAGCCUAUUUCUACCAUAUAUACUCCACAAACUCCCCAGGUUAUGUCGAGUAGUCCUGCCACCUCUAGUGGGUUACUCUUAUCUCCUUGGACACCUCUGUACUUCAGCGAUUUAAGUUCCGUGAGGUACCCCAGCUCCGGAGAAAGAUCAUUCCCCACUCCUCCUGGCUUCACCCAGUUGAAAUCCGUUCACGAGAUGUAUUCUCAAGAAUUGCCACCUCUGAGAGCCAUUCAUGAGGAACACCAAGGCUUUAUUCCUGUCCACCCAGUAAGAGACAGUCCGAAAGCAGUCCCGCAGCACAGGCUUGGUAGAAGUUCCAGGUUUCUACCACCCAGACAUGCAAGAAUAGCUAGAAGCGCCCCAGAGCUAGAUCAUCUCGAUAGGUCACCGGAAAGUAGAUCUAGCUCUAGUGGGUUCGGCAGUAAAAACACAUCCCAGCAGAACCAGAGUUCUCACAGCGGCAGCACCUUCAUAGGUUGGGUAUUACCUCCAUACAGACCACCUCCGCCGCCACCAGCUUCAGUUUUACCUCCACCACCACCUCCUCUUGUUGGCCAUUGGUUAGAGUUCGCUAGCUCUUCCCCUUCAGCCUCUGACCACCUCCACAAGGCUGUGGAUGUCGGAAGCGUGGACGGGCACUACGAAUUCGAUCCGAGCACCCCUACUCCCACCCCUUCCACGCCUACUGGAUCAAGAGACGUAGAUCUGGACACAUCGGGGCCGGGUCCACCUCAAAGAAAAAGUUAUGGGAGCAUUCGUAGCAGAUACGAUAACAUCGAUGCUAGGGUUCAGGCUAUGAAACAGGAAUUCAACGAGUUUCGUAAAAGGCAAGCCAAUAGAAAACGCAGCCACGAGUUGGAGAGUGUCUGUUGACUAUUUUGUGUGAGUGCGCGACUUUUCCUUACGUACCUAACCCACUUUACUAUCCUCGGACAAGAAAUUUUCCUUCAUUCUCAACUUCAGUGUGAUAUAUCGUAACCACUAAAAGCAACACAAAACAUGUUCUAAAUAUCGUAAUAAAUGAAAAAAAGAACCAAACGAGACAUUUCAAUAUAAAAUUAAUGCUAAAAUUCAAAUACACUACAUUCAUUCAUUAAUUAUACUGGGUACAUCGUAUUUCUAACGUAUGUAGAAAAGUAAGCUGAGGCUCAAUUCAUAGAUUAGAUCUGAAAGUUAGAAAUGAAAUGUCCAUUAAAUGUUAUUUGUUACAUGUUAAAAUGGUUCGAUGAAGUCAAUGAAUUAUAAUAUCUUAGGUUCGAACCAUCGCCUUCUAAAACGCCUAAUGAAUUUUAUUGAAAGAAUAUACAGGGUGGCAUCUGAUUAUAUGAAUUUUUAUUAUAAUUUUUUGUUAUUUUAGGGUUUUUAGAAUUUUUUGUUUCUUCCUUGAGUAAAUGUAAAGUUAUACCACCAUGUAUAGGUCUUAUAUUUCUUAAAAUUAAAUUACUCAGAUUCUCAUUUGCCAUAAACAAGUGGAAUUUUCAAUAUAGAAUUGAGAAAAUUCUUGAUUACCCCAAUAUUUUGAAAUAAAAGAUUGCACAAUAAAUAAAAAACAACAAUUCUAGAAAUAAUAUGGUAUAAAAUAAUUAAGAUAAUUUUAAUGUGCAAUACCAUACUUUUAUGUUAUAUUUCUUCCUCGAAUCAUUUCUACAUUAGAUUUUUUUACUUUAAAAGUAUUUCAGCUCUAAUCUACAUUCACACAUCAUACACGUUUGAAGAAAACGUUUGUUGUGUACAAGGGCAAGCACAACUUUGUGGAAGUUUCAGUCAUACAUCGAGCUGGGAAAUUCCGGAAAGAUGUUGCCAUUUUUGCCUAUCUAAUAAAUUCUAACGCUUUAGUGUGGUCUCAUUGACCGCGACCAACUCAUCAGCUUUGGUGUAACCAUGAAAGGGUCUGGGGUGCAAUAUUCAGUGUUUAUGUUUUUUUUUCAUUCAUGAGGUCGAAUAUUUCAUAUUGCAAUGUUUCUACUAAUAACUAUAGAAUUUAUUUAUCAUGAAAUUUCGGUUUUCCAAAAUAGAUUGGUUUUGACUCCAUUACUUCAAGAUAAAUAAUUGGUUGAUUCCUCUAGCAUACGAACCAAAUAAACUAUUAAGUUGCAUGUCAGUUACUAUCAAGGCCAAGAUUUUGUAGCUAAGGACGAACAUGUAGUUUAUUAACAUACUAUAAUGUUUUUAGAGGGUCCAAUAUUACAUAAAUGAACUUGUAACAUAUCUUAAAUGCCUACUAGUUUAGAAAAAGGGGAGCUGAUCAUGAAACAAAAUACUAAUGAAUUUGUUGUUUGACUUUAACUUGAACCGUGCUAGGAAUCGCACGUUGAAAGGUAAGACCUCGUUAAUCCUUAGCCCACAUAAGUGUUUACUUUUGAGGGUUGUCGUUCGUAGGGGGGAGCGACAGCUGGUUAACGAAAAGACAGAUUUUAAAACAGAAAACUCCCGAAGUGUUUUCAAUCUCAUAUAAAGUCAUAUGAAUUGAGGACAGGCUGUACAUAGUCUGUUCAAGUUUGUCUCCAGUUUCCACGUAUUUACAUUCAGGCAUUCACUUAAAAAUAUGACAAUUCAGAGAUUAUAAUAUGUUUUACAAUCAUCCUACUAAGAAUUGAUUAAUGUUUACUCGAGUCAGUAAGUAUUUGAAAUAAUAUUUUGCUGCAACAUUUUUUUAUAUCUAAAAUAUAUUCCAAAACUAUAGUUUCAGAGUAUAUAUAAUGGACGUAAUCGAAACUCUUGGAUUAUAUGUCAAAAUUGAUAUCUUUUCCCCGUGCAUCUGUGCUUUUGAUUAGAAGUAAUCGACCUCGAUUUUUUUAAGUUUAACAAUCGUAUAUUACUCUUUGAUUUGAGAAUGGAUAAUUGGUCCCCCAAAAGUCCUGACUUGUUUAUGCCAUGGUUCAUAAGAGAGGCUGUAUUAUAAUAUUAGAUGUUUAGGAUUAUAUUGUAUAAGAUACUUGCUGCUCGUAAGAGCGGGUGCAAGGUCCUUACCUCUGGUGGGCCCAAGCAAAUAAGUUUUUUCUCUUGUUUUUGUUAUUUCACUUCUUGAGGGAUUUACCAAACAAGCUUGAAGGUUGUAGGAAUUAGUGCAAUAAUUCUAAGAGCAUUACGAAUGGAUGGUGUUACUUUGGGUUUAUGAAAAACUUUUAUUUCAGUUGCUGGUGCCUGAAGUAAAGAAAUUAUUAAAAUGUAUAUUUGAAAAAAUGCUUUCCCUCAAUACUGAAUCAUUUCGUAUUGUUUUUAUCUUGCCUUCAAUUUUCUCCCAGUAAAUUUUGAUCUGUAGUGAUAGGAGAACGAAAACCCUUUGAGAGUUUCAGUUGUAUUUGAGGUGGAGGUGGAUUAAAAAUCAAUUCCAUGGGCGUCUCCUAUGAAUGUAUCUAAUUUUUCUAGAAGUCAAACUUUUAAAGCUGGGUUAAAUUAAUUAUAAGUUCUCUUAUAGAGUCCAAGUUCUCUGACCUGCCAUGUAGUUAGUGGUUAAUAGCGCAGUGAUAGAAUGCCCAACUCACAUUUUGAAAAUGGUAAAUUUGAAUCCGCCUUAAAUCAAAGAUUGUUUCUACAUGGCCCCUUUACAGAUAUCCUCCUCCUGGCAUUGAGAAACUAUGAUAUAUGAUGGAAUCGACCAAUAUUUGAUGAAAAUCCUUAACACAUUCAAGCAAACUUUUGUGGGAUUUUUACUAAAUUGUUUUACAAAAACGCCUGAAGAGGAUAUUGUAUAGCGAAACUCGUGUUGCGUUUUCAUGAAAUAAUUCAGUGAAAAUCUCACAAUGAAGUGUUUCUUCAAUAUAAGAAAGUAUGAAUUGUAACAUUUCAUUACUUGCCUUUUACUUCUAUUUAAAUGGUGUCUCUUCAGAAUAUGAAAGGGAUGUGAAUAGAUGGGUCUAAUCCUUGACAUACCAUAUCAAAAACGUUUGCCAUUGGACAUACCUACUUUAAGGACAAUGAUCUGUAAUAGCCACAAUCUGUAAUUAGAUAUAAAAAGAUCGCCUGAAAUAAGUAAAAUGGCUCCGCUUCAAGGAUAGCAAGUAUAUUUACAUGCCUAAUAACAUUUUACAUUGUUGAAUGUCAAAAUAUUAACUUUGUUAAACGACACAUCAGGCGAAUCAGAAAUCUAAGGCUACUUUUAAAUGUCAAUUCAUAAAACACAUUUGUACAUAUCUUGUAUUUCAGAUCAAGGUGAAACAAAUAGUUUUCCGUUGACAUUUUGUUCGAUGAUGAUAUAUUUUCAUGGUUAUUUUUAUUGAAAAAGUACUUUUUGGUAGCACGAAGAAAUAUUGUAUAAUUCUUUCUCAAAAUAAGUGGGUUUAUAUUCAGUCUAGUCUUGAUUCAGACUCAUUUUCGAACUCAAAAAUUUUACGAAUGAGGCAAGAUUAAUUCAGUAUCAAUUCUCAGAGGAGAGUCCUACACAAGCAUGGGAAAAAUGUUUCUGCUUCCUCAUAAUUUUCCUUGUGUUUAAUAAUCAUCCAGAGACUUCUUUAUCAAUGGAUAAGAUAAUUUAUGGCAAUUUCUUCAUAGAACUGUGAUAAUUUAGAAAUAGAUGCCACAUAUUUAUUAAAGACGAGAAAAUAAAAUGAACUUUCGAGACUGGAAUUAUAAUUAUUGUGUAGAUUUUUAUGAUAUUAGUUAUUAAAAAAGAAAACCACUUCCUUGGUUUGUUUGGUAGAUCAAUUUUUUGUACCUAUAGAUUAUAAUAAUUAUGUUUGAUUUGUUAUAUGCAGGAUGUUUUAGAUUAGGAGUCCAGAUUGCGUAAUAUUUGCAAAAGUUUAUAAAAAUUUGGGAUCUUAAUUUCGAAGCACCUUGCAUAGUGAUAUUAUUUUAUGAUCUGACUUAGUACAAUUCCUUAUUUUAUUCGAUUUUUGUACUGAAUUGACUGCAGGAGGUGCUCAAUAAUGCCGAGUGCACAAAGUUUUUUCAAUUAAAAUUUGUGACAUUUUUAUUCGAAUGAAUAGUUGAAUUCUUGCCAAUGAUAUUUAUUACUGGUUUUAAGGACGGAAACACGUUUUUUAAUAUAAAAUUUUGCAUGUUUAUUAGGCACUUCAUCUUUUCUAAAAGUUGACCGAAUAUGAAACAAACUACUUAUACUGUACAUUGAUUAUAUCAUUUCACAAGCACACUGACCUAGCCAUAGAAUUUUUUAGUUUUAAGUGUUAAGUAGAAAAUAACAGUUGUUACUAUGUAACUAUGCUGUAUAAAGCAUCACAUCUGAAUAAACUACAAUAAAAUGUUGCCAGAUCUCAUA